AAAAUGUCAAACGUAAAAAUAAAUAGUUGUGAAUAAUUUAAAAUGUGUUUAAUAUGAGUUAACAAAUUAUUCCUGUAUUAUUAGUUUUAAAAUUUUCGUUUUAUAAAAUGUAUUAUUUACAACAAAAGAUGCUUACGUCAAAUCUACGCGCCGGUGUUUGGGCUGUUGUAUUUAGAAGACACUUCUGUUUCUGCCAUGGUGGCAUUUCCAAGUUCACUGACGGAGGAAGAGGAGGCUUUGCAAAAAAAAUAUGCUAAACUGAAGAAAAAGAAAAAGGCUCUGCUUGCCUUGAAAAAGCAGAGUUCAACUAGUCAGACAAGUCAGAGUGGCUUGAAACGAACUCUGUCGGACCAGCCUGUUGUUGACACAGCAACGGCGACUGAACAAGCAAAAAUGCUCAUCAAGUCGGGGGCCAUCAGUGCCAUUAAAUCAGAAAACAAGAACUCUGGUUUCAAACGUUCUCGAAUGCUGGAAAUCAAACUGAAGGACCCUGAAAAAGGUCCGGCUCCUGCUUUUUUACCAUUUCAAAGGAGCGUGUCAGCAGAUGAUGACCAACCAGAGUCUGGAAAGAGAGCCCAAAGGAAAUCCCUGUACGAGAGCUUUGUCAGUUCAAGUGAUCGAUACCGAGAUGAGGAUGAAGGAGGCAGCGUGUCAGCCAGCUGCGAUGUGGACAGAGACAGGGAACGAGAUCGAGACUUGGACAGAGAGUGGGAAAGAGAUCGAGAACGGGACAGGGACAGGGAAAGAGGCAGAGACAGAGAGAGGGAGAGAGAGGACAGAGAAAGAGACCGGAGCAGAGAGAGAGAACGAGAUCGGGACAGGGAGCGAGACAGAGACAGGGAUGGACCUUUCAGACGAUCGGACUCGUACCCUGAGCGGAGAGGUGUGCGGAAGGGGAAUACAUUAUACGUCUACGGCUCCGGACUGGUUGAGGACAACCUGCGCUCCGCCUUCUCUCAACACGGGAACAUCAUCGACCUCUCAAUGGACAACCCACGCAAUUGUGCAUUUAUCACAUUUGAGAAGAUGGAGUCGGCAGACCAGGCUGUAGUUGAAUUAAACGGUGCCGUGGUGGGAGAUGUUCCGAUUAGGGUCAGCAUUGCCAGGAAGCAGCCCAUGCUGGACGCAGCCACUGGCAAAUCCGUGUGGGCUUCUCUGGCUGUUCAGAACAGCACCAAAGGCUCCUACAGGGACAAGAGGAACCAGGUGGUGUACAGUGAAGAUUUCCUGGGCUGAGACGUUUGAUGCUCCUCUUUUCUUUACUAGCAGGUUAAGCCGGGUUGUAGGAUCGUUAAAUUUUUUUGUUGUCUGUAAACUUCUUUUGCUCAAUAAAUCACACUUUUUGGAAAUUUCUAAGAUGAA